AUGUCCAUCCUGGUGGUUGGUGCUGGCUAUGCAGAGAUGAAGCUGAUGGACCUGCCCCCCUGUGAGCUGACUUCGAGACUCCUGACAGAGGAUCUGUUCAGGUGUUCAAUCUGUAAAGAAGUCCUGAAGGACCCAGUCUCCAUCCCCUGUGGACACAGCUACUCCAGGCAGUGCAUCAGCUCAUACUGGGAGCAGCAUAACCAAGAGGGAGUCUAUGUCUGUCCACAGUGCCCACAGGCAUAUAGCACACGUCCGGAACUUUACAUCAACGGAGUGGCGGUCCAGAUGCUUCAGAAAGCUAAGUUCAGCCCGUUUCUUCCUGCUCGCAGCUAUGCUGGACCUGGAGAGGUGGCCUGUGAUUUCUGCACAGGACGAAAGCUGAGAGCUGUGAAGUCCUGUCUGACCUGCAUUGCCUCCUAUUGUGAAAACCACAUCAGACCGCACUACACUGUCCCUGUACUGCAAAAGCACAGGUGUGUGGAGGCUACAAGAAAACUGGAUGUGUUCAGCGAGACUGACCAGUCUCUCAUCUGCAGUUGGAGUGCGCUGUUGGGACAUAACAGCCAUGAUCCAGAGAUUGUCGUCUCUGUAGAGCCACCCAUGCCAACUCACCACCAGGGGAACACCCAUGGCAAGCUCCCCUUUCCCACAGAUGAUGAGCCCACCAUCUGGGUCAGUGUGCUUCAGAUACUGUGCAUGCAGCCUUUAGUCUUAUAGGAUUUCUUUUCCCUGCCGGCACUAAAAAUGCAGCCCAUAGCCUAUGCCUACCUGGGCAUAUACGCAAAUUGCUUGUAUAAUAAUAUAAUAAUCAGCUAGCUCUAUUUUUAUGACGAUGACAUGAUGUCAUACAAAAUUUCUCCACCAGAAAUUUCGGGCGAAAAUCGCCAGUGGGGAGCCUAUAAAAUCAUGUUCUUGAAGCCUUAUUAAGAAGAAAAUACAUGUUGUCUCUUAUAAUAGUAUGGAAUAAAUAUUUUCUGUUACGUAGCGGUGAAGAUCAUCAGUGCAUAUAAAAAAUAUCAUCAUUAUACUCAGGUUGGUUGUGGUCAUUCAUUUUCAUUUCAAUUUCAUUUAUCACCUUGACAAACAGCAUUAUAUUGAAGUUGAACCAGUCCUAUUCUAGGUUUAACUUGAUCCCUAAUUCCUUAUUCUUUACAUGAUCAUGUGAAUACAAAUUAGGAUGCAUAGAAUUGUUAGUCAGAAAGUGAAUUAGGGUUCCAAGUUUUCAGCUUUAAAUUACUUUCAUUUUAAAAAUGUUUCUAGGUUUUCAAAUUUAACAGCUCAUCCAUUGAAGACAAAACUCAUUUGAAGACAAAACAUUGGAUACCAGACAGAAGCAGACAUUAAGAAGGUUUUGUUAGAGAUUGAGAAACACUAUGGGGUUCUUAAACAUUAAGAAGGUUUUGUAAAAGAUAAUUCCAAAACUGAGAAAGUCAAUGAGAGAGGGUCCUAACUGACACAUCUCGUAAAAUCAGUCUAUUAAUGAAACAUUCUCUCACUUUUUCUCUCACUUUUUACUGUUUUCUAUUGUUCUCCAGUGAGAUGGUGAAGUACAAGUUAGAUCUACACAGCCUGGGUAAAUACAGAAGUCAUAUAGGGCCAUGUGUUCAUCCAGAUGGCAGGCAUUACCAUUGUAUUAUUUUUUGUCAAUUUGUUAGU